AUGUCCCCCGACUCCACCGCCAAUCCCGCGAUGGACGUCGACUUCCAGAAGAUGGGGAUAUACAUCGACGGCCGCACCAAGAACGAGCUCGACGAGCUGCUCGCGGCGAAAAAGGAUGCCGAAAUCACCGCGCGCGACCUGUACGGCUUCUCGUGCAUGCACUACCUUGAUGACGGGCCCAUGAACGAGGCGGCGUCGUUCUUCGGGCUCUCCCGCGACGAUUCCGUGGAUACCGACGCGCCGCCGAAGAAGAUCCUCGACUUCGGCGCGGGGUUCGCGGGCGACGCGCGGGUCAUGGCGAGCGAGUUUCCCGGAUGCGAGCUCACAUGCGUCGAGGUGCAGCCACACAUCCACGCCGCGGCUGAGCGUUUCACCGCGCUCGUGGGCGCCAGCGCGCGGUGCAAGCACCAGUGCCUCGACAUCUUCAACGAACCGGUGGUAAACGCGCCGUUCGAUCACUUGUUCAGCGUCUUGGUCAUCCUGCACAUCCCCGAGCGCGACAGGCUCUGGCGAUCGCUGGCGGCAACCCUCAAGCCGGGGGGCACGGCGUACGUGGAGGACUAUUUCGCCGCGAGGCCCCUGACGGACGAGGACAAGGCACAGCUCGCGGGUCCCGUCGCGUGCCCGUACCUCCCGUCGCGCGAGGAGUACGAGCGCACGCUCAAGGACGCGGGCUUCGUGGACGUGCGUUGGGAGACGAUGAACGAGCGGUGGGCGCCGUUCGUUUCUUCGAGGCUGGCCAAGUUUCGCGAGGCUCGCGAUCGCAACGUCAGGGUCCACGGCGAGGCGCUCACCGCGGAGCUCGACCUGUUCUACUCCACCGUGCAGCAGCUGUUCGCGCGGGGGAACCUGGGAGGGGUGCGCAUCAGGGCGCGCAAGGCUUAG